CCUACGGUGCAGUUGCGUCAAUGCAGCACCGUAAUUAUUUGGACGCUUAGAAAGUGGAAUCGUUUUCGGUGGUGCAGUGUUUUUUUAAUUUAUUUUAUUUUCAACCUUCAUAAAGUGAUUGAUGAUUUGAUUCGACUGCGCAGUGAAUGCAGUGAAUGUGGUGUAAAUAAAGAGAAGAAAAAUUUUUGGUGAAAAAAUUUCCUGAGCGGGGUGGAAACGGUAAAUCCCUUCGGCCACCGCGGGGAAACCGCUCGUACGAACAACCGGUGCACCGGUGGACGUGAAAUUAUUUGCUAUUAUCGGACGGUGGGAUUUUAACACGAACAAGUUGUCUGUUUUCGUUGCAAUCCUGUGACCGCAACAGUUGCAACUCUGGAUUACGGAUACGCCGACGAUUUUAAAGGUUCGCAGUAUGAGCCUGGCGGGUAUGCGACGCAGGUACAGCAACGGUCCAACAUGACGCAACGCGAGGGCAUCUACAAGUUCGAGAAUGAGCGGAUCAAAACGCUGCAGGAGGAGCGGUUGCACAUCCAGAAGAAAACCUUCACAAAAUGGAUGAAUUCGUUCCUAGUCAAGGCCAAAAUGGAGGUCGACGACCUGUUCACCGAUCUGGCCGACGGAAUCAAACUGCUGAAGCUGCUCGAGAUCAUUUCGGGCGAAAAGCUCGGCAAACCGAACAACGGCCGGAUGCGGGUCCACAAGAUCGAGAAUGUGAACAAAAGCUUAGCCUUCCUGCACACUAAGGUUCGCCUUGAAUCCAUCGGAGCGGAAGAUAUUGUCGAUCAUAAUCCACGACUAAUCCUUGGGCUCAUCUGGACAAUCAUUCUACGGUUUCAGAUUCAGGAAAUCGAAAUCGAUGUGGACGAGGAAAACGAAUCAUCGGAAAAGAAAUCCGCCAAAGACGCCCUGCUGCUGUGGUGCCAGCGCAAAACCCAGGGCUACCAGAAUGUACACAUCACCGACUUCACCAACUCGUGGCGCUCGGGGUUGGGCUUCAACGCGCUCAUCCACUCGCACCGACCGGAUCUGUUCGACUACAACAGCCUGCCGCCGGGUCGGAACAUCGAAAACCUCAACCACGCGUUCGAGGUGGCCGACCGGGAGCUCGGCAUCCCCCGGCUGCUGGAUGCCGAAGACAUCGACACCACCCGGCCGGAUGAGAAAUCGAUCCUGACGUACGUGGCCAGCUACUAUCACACCUUUGCUCGGAUGAAAAACGAACAGAAGGGUGGCAAGCGAAUUGCUAACAUUGUCAAUAAACUAAUGGACGCCGACAAGAAAAAAGUACAGUUUGAAAACCUUAUUACUGACCUGUUGAGUUGGAUUCGAAUCAAGACGGCGGAACUUGAGAAGCGUAACUUUCCCAACUCGGUAGAGGGCAUCCAGCGCGAGCUGCUGGCCUUCAAGGAAUACCGCACGAUCGAAAAGCCUCCAAAAUAUAAGGAACGCUCGGAAAUCGAGGCUCUGUACUUCCACGUUAACACCCUGCUGAAAUCACUGAACCAACCGCACUACACACCCCAGGACGGCAAAAUGAUCAACGACAUCGAAAAGGCUUGGCGAGCGCUGGAAAACGCCGAACACAACCGGGAGGUUGCACUCCGAGACGAGUUGCUGCGGCAGGAGAAGCUGGAACAGCUUAACUAUAAGUUUGAGAAGAAGUCAGUAUUACGAGAAGGUUAUCUGAACGAAAUGAUUCAGGUACUGUCGGAUCCACGGUACGGGGCAAACCUGCGCCAGGUGGAUGCAACCGUCAAGAAACACGAAGCAAUAUCGGCCGACAUACUGGCACGGUCGGAUCGAUUCAACGACCUAACGGACAUGUGCAAUGAACUACACAACGAAAACUAUCACGGAAAGGAUCGCGUUAAGGCACGCGAAACCGAAGUCAUCAAAAAAUGGAAAGAAUUAUUAGAAUUGUUGGAAAAUCAUAAAAAUAAACUGACGCAGUUGAGUGGACUGCUGAACCUACUGCGGGAGAUAGAUGCCACGAUGGGAACGAUCAAAGCGCUGAAGGUUCAGUUCGCAUCCGAAGACGUGGGACCUCAUUUGUUAGGGGUUGAGGAACUGCUGCAAGCACACUCACUGCUGGAACUUCAAGUCACGACGCUGGGCGAAACCCAGCGAAGAUACAUACGACAGGGCGAAGCCUUCAAAAAAGCCGGUCACAAAGACACCAGUCAAAUCGACCAGAAGCUGGCUGAGCUGGCAAAAUCUUACCAAGAACUGCAGGGUUGCAGUGCCGAGCGUAGGGCUCGGCUGGACGAAGCACGUGACUUCUACCAGUUUGUGGAAGAUCACGAGAACGAAGAAGGUUGGUUGGUGGAUAAGCAGCGCAUCUGUAAGGCGGCAAUCACGGCGAAGGAUUUACGGGCGGUUGUUUCGCUUCAGCAGAAGCACAAGGCUUUGGAGGACGAAAUGAAAGUUCGUAAACCGAAAACGGUUCAAAUUAAGGAAGCCGGACGGAAACUGAUUGCCGAUAAACAUCCACGACGAAGUGACGUCCAGGCUAAGAUCGACUCCCUUCGGGAGCACUGGAAGGCGCUGGAAGAUUUGGUUGAUGUUCGAAAGCGACAGCUGGAUGAUGCUGCCGAAGCCUAUCAGUUUUACGCCGAUGCUAACGAGGCGGAUUCUUGGUUGAACGAAAAAAUGGCUCUGGUAGCGUCGGAUGACUACGGAGUUGAUGAGCCUUCGGCUCAAGCUUUACUUCAACGGCAUCGGGAUCUUCAGGGUGAACUGAACGCCUACUCGGGAGAUAUUCUCAAUUUGAAUCAACAAGCUGACAAGCUUAUUAAGGCUGGUAUUUGUACGCUGGAUUUAUCACCAGAACCGGAACCUACUCAAGAACUGGAGCAGGAAGAAUGGGUGAAUGAAACGCGUCUGGUCCCGAAAGAGGUAUGGGAAGAGGAACCCGUCGAACGACUGGAACACAAGACCGUAACGGAGAACAAGUUGCUGCCUCAUGUGCGUGCCCUGUAUCCAUUUGACGGCCAAGGUAUGAAGAUGGCAAAAGGGGAAGUGAUGAUUCUGCAGAACAAGACCAACCCCGAUUGGUGGAACGUGCGAAAACUGGACGGAGCCGAGGGUUUCGUGCCUGCAAACUACGUCAAGGAAAUUGAAGCUCGUCCGGUUCCUUGCCUAAUCCGCAAAGCGGAAAAGGUAAAGGUAAUGCAGAAGGUUAAGAAAACUAUUCUGGUCAAGCAGGUCGUGCCGGUCAAGCGGGUUCGUCCAGCGAAGGUCAGCCAAAUGAAACCCUUGGUUAAACGACGAACCGAUGGGGAUGACUCCGUCGAUAGUAACGACAGUGUCGAUAAGCGCCAGAAGCAUAUCAACAGCACAUACGAUCAGCUGCAGGAGUUGGCCGAACGGCGGCGAGCUCUUCUGGAAGAUUCCAUUUGUUUGUUCCGCUUCUAUCGAGAGUGUGAUGACUUUGAAAAGUGGAUUAAAGAUAAGGAGAAGAUGCUGCGAACGGAUGAUCCGAAGGACAAUGUUGAAAGUGCCAAAAGGAAGUUCGAAACCUUCCUUACGGAUUUGUCCGCUUCUUCGAAGCGGGUAGAAGCCAUCGAUUCCGAUGUCGAAGAUUUCGUUCGCCAAGGUCAUUCCCAGCUGGAUAAAGUCAAAGCCCGCCAGCGUCAGAUUCAUCAAAUGUGGGAACAUUUGAACUACCUGAAGGGUCAGAAAGAGAAGAAUUUGGAGGGAGCUUCCAGUGUGGAGCUGUUCAAUCGAACCUGCGAGGAGGCGAUCGAUUGGAUGAAUGAAAAAAUGACUCAGUUGGACAAUGCUGAAGUCGGGCCUGACCUUAAAACGGUUCAAGCCUUACAAAGACGACACGAAAACCUCGAGCGGGAGCUAGCUCCCGUCCAGGAGAAAGUCAGCCGGGUUAACCUUCUCGGAAAUACUGUCAAGAAUUCCUAUCCAUCCGAACGGGAUAAUGUUACGGAAAAACAAAAAGACAUCCAAGGGCUUUGGAAGAAGGUCCAGGAGAAGGCUAAGGAACGUCGCUCUCGUUUGGAGAACGCCGUUGGACAGCAGAUCUUUACCAACAGCACAAAAGCCCUGCUCAAUUGGAUUGAGGGCGUUCAUAAUCAGUUGAACGCCGAAGAAACGGCACGAGAUGUGGAAACUGCCGAAAAUUUACUGAAAAAACACAACGAUCUUGCCGAGGAAAUUAAAGCGCACGACGAUGAGUUCCAACAGCUGGCUCAGCUGGGUAACCAGCUGCAACAGCGUAAUCCAAAUUUGGUCGAAGUUCCGGAAAUGUUAAAGAAACUUGCCACCGAGCAGCAAGCCCUGUACGCGGGUUGGCAAGCCAAGGAAUGGAAGCUGCAGCAAUGUAUUGAACUGCAAAUCUUUAACCGCGAAGCGGACAAGAUUGACGCCACCACCAAGAGUCACGAGGCAUACCUCGAGUACGAUGAUCUGGGAGACUCGUUGGAUGACGUUGAAGCUAUCCUGAAACGUCACACCGACUUCGAAAACACACUUGGAGCUCAGGACAAAAUUUUGAAGAACUUCUCCGAAGGAGCCGAUAAGUUGAUCCGCAACAAUCACUAUGAUUCGAAGUACAUAGCCGAUCGUCGGGAUCAAGUACUGGACCGUAGGGCCAAGGUUAAGAACCUUGCUCAAAAACGACGCAACGCCCUGCAGGCAUCCAAGGACUUCCAGAAGUUCUCUGCCGACGUGGACGAUUUGAACGUUUGGUUGGCGGACAAGGCGCGUAUCGCAGGAGAUGAAAGCUACAAAGAUUUGACGAACCUUCCGAGAAAGCUCCAGAAGCACAGAGCUUUUGAGCGUGAGCUUCGUGCCAACGAAGGCCAACUACGUACGGUGAACAAAGAAGGAGAUGCUCUGAUUAAGACAAACAAUCGCGCUGAAGAAGUGUCGCAAAUGUUGGCUGUCGUAAAUCAAAAGUGGAAAGAUUUGAAUUCCUCUUCGCUGGAGAAAGGUAGACGAUUGGAGCAAGCAUCGCUGCAACGCGAGCAUAAUCGAAGCAUCGAAGAUGCUAAGAGCAAACUAGACGAAUUGGAUAUUGCACUUCAAAGCAAACAAGUCGGUAAUGAUUUACGCAGCUGUAAGGAUUUGAUGAACAAACACCAAAUGUUGGAGGAUGACAUUAGCAUGUGGGAGCAAAAGGUGGCCGAGUUGGUUACCUCCGGGGAAGAUAUGGCUGACGAAGGUCACUUCGACGCUAACAACAUCAAAAACGAAACGAAGAAACUUCAGAAUAAGUUCGCCAAUCUUAAAGGCCCGGCAGCGAAACGACGUGAAGCGCUGGAGGAAAGCCUACGUUUCCAUAAAUUUGUCUUCGAACUGGACGCUGAACUGCAGUGGAUCAACGAACAUCUGCCAGCUGCCAGUUCGGAAGUUAUUGGACAAAACUUACACCAGGCCCAAAGCCUGUACAAGAAACACAAGAAACUGGAAGCUGAAAUCGAGGGUCACCAACCUAUGAUCAACAAAACCUUGACAUCAGCAGAGAACCUUAUCAAUCAAAACCACCCGGAGAAGGUAAAGGUCAAAGAAUUGUGCAACACCCUUGAACAAGCCUGGCAUGAUCUGCAGGACAAAGCCGCGGAGCGGUCCAAAAAACUCGAACUAUCACUGAAAGCACAGCAAUACCUUUCGGAAGCUGGCGAAAUCGAAACGUGGCUCGGCGAACGUAACAACGUGCUUCGUUCGACCGAUUACGGUCGCGAUCGGGACGCCGCAACGAAGUUGCUAACGAAACACAAAACAAUCGAACUGGAACUGGACACCUACUCCGGUAUCGUAUCGGAGAUGGGCCACGCGGCGUCGGCCAUGGUAUCCUCCAAACAUCCGGACAGUAAGAUGAUUGCUGCCAAGCAGCAGCUGAUCGAAAAAAUGCUAAAAUCCCUGCAGAAACUGGCAGCGCAGCGACAGCUGCGCCUGAUGGAGAGUCUCUACCGUCACGAGUACUUCAUGGAAUCGACCGACCUGGAGCAAUGGAUCAAGGAGCAGGAACAGGCCGUCAACUCGGAGGAUUACGGUCACGAUUAUGAACAUCUACUGAUUUUGAAGAAUAAGUUUGACGAUCUGAAGCACCGCAUCGAAGUUGGCGCCGAACGGUUCAACCAGUGUGAAGAGUUUGCCAAGAAACUGAUCGGCAGCGAUAGUCCCUAUGCUGCGGAUAUCGAGAAACGGCAGGACCAUCUUAGCGGCAAGAAACCAGUUUACACCGAGGCCCAGCUGGAUGUCGUUGAAAACAUUGAUCAGAUUUGUAACUGUUGGCAGAACCUGCUAAAACAGUUGGCCGCCCGCGAGAAGAAACUGCAUGCCGCAGGCGAGAUCCAUCGUUUCCAUCGGGAUGCCGCCGAAGCCCUUUUCCGUAUUCAGGACAAAAAUGCGGCCCUUUCGACCGAACUGGGUAAGGAUCUAAACUCGGCGCUGGCCCUGGCUCGUAAACACGAAGCAUUCGAAAACGAGCUGGUGGCGCUGGAAGCUCAGCUGCAGUUCCUGGUGGAUGAUUCACUCCGCCUGCAGGCCAAGUAUCCCGGUGACAAUGCGAAAGCGAUCGCCGUCGAACAGGAGAACGUCAUCCAGGCGUGGAACGUACUGAAGGAGAAGUCUGCGCUGCGCAACGAUCAGCUGCAGGCCAGCUGCGAUCUGCAGCACUUCCUGACCCAGGUUCGGGAUCUGAUGUCGUGGGCGACCAAUCUGCGAGCGGCGCUGCAAGCAGAGGAACACGUGAGCGACGCAACGGGAGCAACGGCACUGAAGAUUCAACAUGAUGCCAUCUAUGGGGAGAUUGAAGCACGGGAGGAAACGUUCCGCUAUUUGAACGAGCUGAGUGAUUCGAUGGUGCAGACGGGGCAUUACUCCGCCACGGAGGUGGAGGAGAAGUGUUCGGCGCUGUUGGAUGAAAGGGCUAAGCUGCAUUCGGCUUAUAAUAAGAAAAAGAUUCUGCUGGAGCAGAAGAUUGAUCUGUUCUGCUUUAUGCGGGAUGCGAAGGUUAUUGAUAACUUGAGCAGCGGACAGGAGGCGGCGUUGUCCAGUUCGGAUUUUGGACAGACCGUGGAGGUGGUGCAGGAUCAGGUGAAAAAACACGAUGCGUUUGAGAAGUUGAUUCAAACGCAGGAUGAGAAGGUGGCGAUACUGCAGGAUCACGGUAGGAAGUUGGUUGAGCAAAACCAUUAUGAUAGUGAAAAUAUUCGAAGGAGAUUGAGGGAAAUUAUCGAACGAAGACAGCGUAUUAAGGAGUUGUGCGCGUUGAGACGGCAGAAGCUACAGAACGCGUUGUUGUAUGCUCAGUUUAUACGGGAUUGUGCCGAAGCUGGGGCUUGGAUUAAUGAGAAACAGAAGAAACUGGAGGCGGAUGCGGGCAGCUUCGCUGAUGUGACUAAUAUGGAUGAUAAGAUUAAGAAGCUGCAGAAGCAUCAGGCUUUCCAAGCGGAAGUGGCAGCGAACGAGGGUCGUAUCAAGGAGGUUAAGCAGAAGGGGGAGACAUUGAUUGCUAAGCGGCACCAAUGUGCGCCGGAGAUUGAGGAGGAAGUUCGUAAGCUGUGUGAAUCGUGGAAAGUUUUACUGAAUGAGGUGUUGACGCGUGGUAGAGGACUCGAGGAGGCUCAGGAUAUACUGGAGUUUAACAGUCAGCUAGACAAGCUGGAGGCUUGGAUUCGCGAUAAGGAGAUGAUGGUUAAUGCCAGCGAUACCGGUCGAGAUUUGGAGCAUUGCAAUGCUCUCAAGCGAAAGCUGGAUGAUGUCGAUUCCGAUAUGCGAGUUGAUGAUCAGAGAAUCAAAACUAUCAACGUGCUAGCGGAUAAGUUGGUAACGCAAGGUAAAGCACCAAACGAAUCUAAGAAUGUACAACAGAGAAGAAAUAAUUUCAACAAUAAAUGGAAGUCACUGCAGGGAGCGCUGAACAAGUACCGAGAGCUGCUGGAUGGAGCAUACGAGAUUCAUGUGUUCGAUCGAGAUAUCGAUGAUACUGCCGAGCGAAUUGCUGAGAAGCAACUGGCGAUGAGUGUGGAGGAUACUGGACGCGAUUUGAAUGCGGUAGAAUCGCUGAAGCGAAAGCAAGAUGCAAUGCAGCGAGACAUGACUGCGGUGCAGCAGAAAAUCGCGGAACAUGAUAAACGAGCAGCUGUACUGGCUCAGAAAUACCCCGACAAUGCCGAUAAUAUUGAGGAAAAACUAGAAGAAUUGAAACGACAGUGGAAUAAUUUGCAAGAGGCGAGCGUGAAGCGAGCUGAAGCCUUGGACAAUGGCUACACGGCGCACAAGUUUACAGCAAACGUGAAAGAAUUGGAACUGUGGACGAACGAUAUGAUCAAGAAGAUGGAUUCGGUUGCGAAUCCUGCUACGAUCGGCGAGUGUCAGGCGCAAAUUCAACUGCAUCGGGAACGGAAAGCGGAGAUCGAUGGACGCGAUAAAGUGUUCAAAGCUCUGCAGGAGCACGGUGAGCGGUUGGUGGCUGAAAACAAAGCCCAAGGAAUCAAAAACGAUUACGUAGAAAAGGCCCUGCGUCAGCUGGAGGAUUUGAACAAGCAUCUGCACGAUUCCUGGAAAGGUAAAGAUCGUGGCCUGAAGGAAGCACAUCAGCUGCAGCAGUUUAAGGAACAAGCCGACCAGAUUGAGGCUUGGCUCGCUAACAAGGAAGCAUUCCUCAACAACGACGAUCUGGGAGAAUCGUUCACUGCUGUGGAAGCGUUGAUCAAGAAGCACGAAGCUUUCGAGAAACUGCUUGCCGCUAGUAGAACGGAUGAACUGGAAAAGUUUGCGGAAGGAAUCCUCGCUGAGAGUCCCUUCGAGGCGGACGUCAUCAAGCAAAGACUGUGCGCCGUCAUGGCUAGAAAGCGGAAGCUGCUAGCUUCAUCGGCUGCAAGGAAACAGAAACUGAUGGAGUCCUGGCAGCUGCAGCAAUUCCUGCGAGGACUGUACGAAGUUACGAAGUGGAUCUCGCAAAAAAUGCAAGUCGCUCUGGAUGAAAACUAUCGGGAACCGAGCAAUUUGCAGAGCAAAAUACAGAAGCAUACGGCCUUUGAUGCAGAACUUGGUGCGAACUCCGUUCGCGUUUCGGCUAUUAUUGAGGAAGGGGAGUCGUUGAUUAAAGCAGAUCAUUACGCGAAGGCAUUGGUGCAGGAACAGCUGGAUAUUCUGGAGGCGGAUUGGCAGAAGCUGCGUGAGGCUUCCGGUCAAAAGAAGGAACGCUUGGGAGAAGCCUACGAGGCAAGAUUAUUCGAGCGAAAUUUGGAAGAUUUCAAUAACUGGAUGGACGAAGUUGAACUACAGCUCUCCUCCGAAGACUACGGUCGUGAUCUGGCUUCGGUCAACAAUCUACUAAAGAAACAUGAAAUGUUGGAAGCCGACGUUGCACAUCACCUGGAAACGUGCGAGCAAGUUACGGCCACCGAUGAGAAGUUCCUCGCUUCCGAUCACUUCCUGAAGGAUGAACUACACGAGAUUGCCAUGCUGACUGUCAAGCGUUAUCAUUCGCUCCACGAACCGACUACAAUCCGGCGCGAUAACUUGGAAGACUCGCUGCAACUGCAUCAAUUCCUGCGGGAUGCCGAAGACGAGCUGUUCUGGCUUAACGAAAAAGAGUCACUGGCAGCUUCCAAAGAUCUGGGAAACAGUCUUACUGCCGUUCAAACCCUGCAAAAGAAACACCAAGCGUUGGAGGCGGAAAUCCUAUCCCAGGAACCGAUAAUUUCCUCGCUAAUUCAACGCGGUCAGCAGAUGAUUCGGGAAAAUCAUUACGCCAUGGAACAAAUUGAACGGCAGUCCAACCAGCUGCAGCAGAAGCUGGUUAAUCUGAGAAAUUUGACCAGCGUUCGACGGCUACGGUUGCUGGAUGCGGUCGAAAGUCAACAGUUUUACGCCGAGGCGAACGAAGCCGAAUCUUGGCUGCGCGAGAAAAAACCGAUUAUUUCGUCCCACGAUUAUGGCAAAGACGAGGACUCUGCUAGUUCGCUACAGAAGAAACUGGAUGCGUUACAGCGUGAGCUGGUGGCUUUCCGGCCGAUUGUCGAGAAGAUCGAUAAGUUGGCCGCCGGGCUUCAAGAACGGGGACAUUUUGAUAGUGAAAAAAUCAAGGUUAAGAACGAUAAGAUUCAGUAUCAGUUCCAGGAGCUGAAUCGCCUUGCCGGGGAGAGGGAGAAGAAACUUGCCGAAACGAAAAAGUUGUACGAGUUUAUUCGAGAGAUCGAUGAUUUGCAGGAGUGGAUUGAGAUGCAAAUGACGACGGCUGGAUCGGAAGAGUACGGAACAGAUGUGGAGCAUGUCGAACAGCUGGCGGCGCAAUUCGAGUCGUUCGUAUCCAACAUGAACUCCAACGAGGGUCGAGUCACUGCCUGUCUUGCUAAAGGAAAGUCACUGUUGAAUGAGGGAAAUCCUAACAAGGACAUAAUCAAAGGUAAACGGGAUGAGACGAAACAACUCUGGGAGGAACUGAAGGAUUUGGUUCUGGCUCGGCAGGAAGCUUUAGCAGGGGCGAAACAGGUUCAUCUAUUCGACCGCACAGCGGAUGAAACAAUCACCUGGAUCAAUGAGAAGAUCUCCGCUGUUCUUUCCGAAGAUUACGGUCACGAUUUGGAAACCAUCCAAGCGCUGGUUCGCACGCAUGAAAGCUUCGAAGCAGAACUCGGUGCAAUCAAAGAACAGCUGGAAUCGGUGGUUACGGAAGCUCAAAAGCUUGGCGAUACGUUCCCCGAUGCCAAGGAACACAUCGAAGUCAAACGGGACGAAACAAUCGAGGCGUGGUCCGAGCUGAAAGAAAAAACCUUCCAGCGGAAGGAGAAACUCAUGCAAGCCGAACAGCUGCAAGCCUACUUUGACGAAUAUCGGGAUCUGAUGGCUUGGAUCAAUGAAAUGCUAGCUCAAAUCACGGCUCCCGAGCUGGCCAAGGAUGUCGCCGGGGCGGAAGCUUUGAUCGCUAAGAUUCAAGAGCAGAAAACGGAAGUCGACUCCCGCAACGAAGCUUUCGACACAUUCUACAAAACGGGAACCAAGCUGAUAAGGGACGGUCAUUUCCUGGCGAAUGAAAUUCAGGAAAAGAUCGCCAUUCUCGGACAGCGAAAGCGUCUGCUGGACAACACCAUCAUUCAACGGGCGGAAAUAUACGAACUCAAUCUGGACACGCAGCUGUUCCUGAAGGAGGCCGAAGUGAUCGAAAACUGGAUCAUCACCCGCCAGGUUCAGCUGAAGGAUGCCAAACUCGGGGAUUCAAUUGCUCAGGUUGAGGAUCUCAUCCGGAAGCAUGAAGACUUCGAAAAGACCGUUGCCGCACAGGAGGAGAAGGUUCUAGCGCUUAAGCGAAUCACGCUACUGGAGCAGAAGUUCAAGAAACAACUGGAAGCCGAGCAAGCUGCUCGCAUCGCCGAAAAGGAACGAGUCGAACGUGAACGUCACGAAGCGCUGAAGCAGAAGGAAGUCCAGCGAAUCACCGAAGAACGUAGAAGGCACGAGGCCAGCAAUUCACCUUCGGUUGUUAACGGAUACUCCGACGGUACACCCAACAAAUCAUCCACACCUAGUCAUCUAUCGCCUGCCGUAACUGCCCGUCUAUCGAAAGAAGCUCCGGAAGUAUCUCCGGCGGUUCAGAAAUCCAAUUCAUUUGCUGCCAUGCUGCAGGAAAGGCUUCGAAGAGGCUCGGAGGGUAACAUCAAACGAGCCGAGAGCAUGAAAAUCGGUCCAAAACCAGCCAAACGUACCCCGUCCUUUACCACACGGCGGAGAGCACAAAGCUUCCGUAAAAAUCAUCGCGGCAGCGAACCCGCGGAAUUCGAUCUACCUCCGGUGGAAAUUCAGGGUAUGUUGGAGCGAAAACAUGAACUACAAUCCGGAGGCAAAAAAGCUCCCGUCCGUUCCUGGAAGCCAUUCCACACGGUUCUGUGCGGACAGUUGCUGUGCUUCUUCAAGGACGUCGAAGAUUUUGCCCAAAAGAAGGCAGCUACCGCUCCGGUAAACAUUCUGAAUGCCAAAUGUGAACGGGCGGAAGAUUACACCAAAAAGAAGAACGUUUUCCGACUGGUUCUGCUGGACGGGUCGGAGUUCCUCUUUCUAACCGGUUCCAAGGACUCGAUGAACGAAUGGGUCAACAAGAUCGCCUUCCACGCCGCCCUGCCGCCAAAUCUGCAACUGAUGAGCUACGAUGAGUCGCUGAAGCAAUCCUCCGAUGGUGUUGAACCUGCCAAAAUGCUAGGCUUGCAGAUCAAUCCCCAAUCCCCGAUACUAGACCGUAGUGAUGCCAAUUCAUCCAUCAGUUCACGAACUUCGUCGCCAGAUUCCCAGCGGCGGGAUUCGCGUGCCUCGCUGAACAGUGCCAAGUCCGGAGGCUCCGGUAGUAACAACAGUAACAGUGUACCAACCCCUCAGAUAAACUUUCUGCAAAAGCAGAAAGAACUUCGCGAGUUAGAGAAUCAGCAACGACACUCGCAACAACCGCAACAGCAUCAGCAACACAUGAGUACCUUCCAGGCACCUCAAUCACCCCAGGAACACUAUGGACUGGCGGAUAAGCCACCGAUACCCCCACGUUGUGCUCCUCCGCCAGUACCCCAACGACAGUCAAGCACCGACAACGUGCUAAACAACAAUAACAAUGCCAACAACAGUGCAGUACAAAUCCGGUCCAAGCCAGGAACUGCCGGCGGUAGUUUUAAUGGCAAUGAUUACGAUAACGGAAACUAUACCAGCAGCACGCGACCCUUUUCCUACCAAUACAAUUCGACCAACCAACGGGGAAACGCCCAAAACGGUAGCCAAAACAACAACAAUAACAACAACGGAAGCGGCGAAGACGUCUGGUUACGUCACAGUGAAUUGAGGUCAUCAGGUUGGGGUCAAUCGCGGCACGAAACGACGCGGCCGGCUUCGCUACCGGUGGUGACAGGCAGCGGUUCGGCGGCCGGCUCAGCCGCCACACUGCCAACGACAGCCGAUCUACUGCUGGGCCGUCAGCAUGCCGGCCAAUCGGCGGAAAGUUCGAGCGAAAGCGAAGCCAGCUUUAUCAAGGGCGGUGGCAGCAGCAAAGACGGUGCCGCCAAGGACAAGAAGAGCAGCAGCGGCAGCAGUGGAGGCGGAGGCGGCGUGUUUAGAAUAUUUUCCAAGAAAAAGUCCAAGCAUCAGAACUAGGCUGGGGGAGUCUUUGCUUGAAGGGGUGCCCUAAUUUACUGAUCAACCAAGAUUGGUGGAUUCGCUUUUGCGAUGCAAUUCGUAGGCAACGUAAUCCGGUUGUAAAAUAUUACUUUUAAUUAAUUAUUUUGUAUAAUUUUAAAGAGAUAAGCACCAGCAGCUCGUUUGAAAACACUUGUUUAUUUUUUGUUCUUCUGGAAGCCCCGUAUUUUGUUUUUAUUUAAGUGCAAAAUGUUAUUUUAUCACGCGUAUCCAUAGCAGCUUGUAUCUACAAUCGAAUACUGCUUUGUCUUAAAAAAAAGAAUAAUAAAGAAAUUUAAUCUUUUAUCAUCUAGCCAAGAGAACAGUUUAUGUAGAAUGGGGUUGAGUUUAUAAAUCGCGAAUAGUUAGGAAUCUUAUUUAUAUCCCCACAGAAAUGAGUUCGAAAUUUUAGCGAUUAUGUAAAAUAUCAAACAAAAUAAUAGCUGGUUUACUGCUAGGAUCAAUAUCCAUAUGCAACGUUAGUCUAGAGGAGGAAGUCAUCGUCCGAGAUGGUUGACCGUAAAAUAGUAUAUACACAUGUUUACUAUUGUAGUACCUUAGUUUUUGUUAUCGUAUAGAUUUUAGAUAAGUAAAUUUAAUAAAAUUUCGAAUUAUUC